GUAGGAAGCAAGACACGCGACGGGUCUCGAGUGCCGGGCGAUGGGUGAAUUCUAGAUGAUAGUGCCAUCGAAUAGUGCGGCCGCUGCUCCGGCGAUUUAUUUAUGUGUCAUAAAAUUAAACGGCAAUUAUGCGAUAAGCCACUGCUAAUAAAUAAGUGAAUGCGAAUUGCUGCAUUCCAUUUCCGAGUUAGCCUGCCCCGCCAGAUCGAACGUUUCGGGCUCCCUUUUUAUUUUACACUUUUUUCGCCUCUCGUCGAGGAUACGAAAAUAGCUGCCGCGAAAAAUGUUUGCUUGUCGCUGUGCAGGGAAGUGGGAAAUGUGUCUGAAACAAAAAUAAAAUUAAAUAGCGCAAAAAUGUUGAAGUAGCAAAGUUACAAAAAAAGUCUACGCAAAAUAGAGCAAAAAAAGCGCAAGAUUCGCAAGAGCAAAUGCGUAAAAAAGUGGAAAAAAUAAAAUCUCGAGCGGAAAUCGUAAAUGAUUUAAAAAAGAAAUAGUAAAAAAAAAGAACAAUCUGUGCAGUGAAAAUAAGAGGAUUAUGAAUGAAAAUACCAAGCAAUAAGUGCCGGCAUCUCAAGAGGUUUUAUUAAAAGAGCAGAGAAAUUAUAUCCAAGUUCAAAGUCGAUCGCUAUAAAAUAUGCGUCUUUAGUGAUCCGUUGAGCAUUUGGUUCGUUCAGUAUGCAAAUCGGAAACUAUGUGAAAUGGCCACUUGGCCUGGUCAUCAUCUUGCUGGCCAUCCAAUGCCAGGCCAAAAGGCAGAGGAAGCGAAUGCAGGGACUCUCCAGUGCCAAGGAUCUGCAGGAGUAUCGCCUGCCACUCAACGACAGCUCCUUUGAGCUGCAGCAGAACAUCGUGUCCUGGACAGGAGCGCGCAUUGUUCCCAGCUCCGAAAAGAAGAAGAAGUCAUCCGCAGCCCAAUCCUCGAGGCGGCACAAAACCAAAAGUGGCCUGAUCAUUGAAAGUAACAUUGCCGACUCGGAGGCGAUGUUGACCAAUGGCUCCUCCUCGGAGUCCGUCACCAAGAAGAAGUCGCCUCAGCGUCGUCGCAACGGAAAAUUGCAGAAAUCCGGUGGAGGAGGAGGAGGAGGAGGAGGAGGAGGCGGCGGAGCCCUUCGAUUGCUCAAAACCGAGGACUUGUACUCAUUCAGUGACUCCGGAGGCCUCUAUCCGCCGCUCUUCAAUGUGAUUCCCCGGGCUGAGAUCUCCGUGAAUGCGACAUGUGGGCAAAACGGAGCCGAGGAGUACUGCAAACAGGUCGGUGCGAAGCCGUGUGGCAUCUGCAAUGCCCACUCCUCGGAUCAGGCCAAGCAGCGCUCCAUACAGUCGCUGAUCUCGACGGGCUCGGGACUUGAGGAAGGCUGGUGGCAAUCGCCGACUCUGCAGGGUGGCCGGCAGUUCGAGUAUGUGACCAUCUUAUUGGAUUUGAAGCAGACCUAUCAAAUCUUCUCGGUGUGGCUGAAAUCGGCCAAUUCCCCUCGACCAGCUGCUUGGAUCCUCGAAAAAUCCCUGGAUGGCAUUAACUUUGAGCCCUGGCAGUACUUCGGAUUGAGCGAUGCGGACUGCCAUCGGCGAUGGAAUCUCUCCGGUCAAAACGGCAAAUACGUGUUCCAAAACGACACCGAAGUGGUGUGCUCCACUCAGUUCUCCAAACCUGGUCCUCUGGAGAACGGCGUGCUGCAUGUUUCCCUGCUUAAGAAUCGCCCCGGAGCCACGGAUCAGAGUCCCGAGCUAAUGAAGUUCAUAACGACCCGGUACAUAAGGAUUCGGCUGCAGGGCAUGCACUCCACUGCCAAUCAGGACAAUAGCUUGGACUGGCUACUCGACUCGCCAUCGCUGGAGAAGCACAGUUUCUACUCGCUGUCCCAGAUCAAGGUGAGUGCCCGCCUGGACUGUCAUGGCCAUGCCAAUCGCAUCCAGGAACCGGCAGGGGAUCCGCUGCUGCAGUGCAUCUGCCAGCAUAACACCUGCGGUGCACAGUGCGACCAGUGCUGCCCGCUCUUCCACGAUCGACCUUUUCGACUGGGCGAGGAGUGUGAGGUAUGCCAGUGCUAUGGCCAUGCCGAGAGCUGCUCCUUCGACUCCUUCCUGGACAGGGGCAUCUGCCAGAGCUGCUCCAAUCACACGGCAGGCAAUGAGUGCGAGUUCUGCGAGAGUGGCUUUUACAGGGAGCUGGAUGCACCGCCCACCGAACCCUGUUUGCCCUGCUCCUGCAAUCCUGCCCGCUCCACGGGUGACUGCCAGCCGGAGGGAGGUGCCUGCAACUGCCUCGAGGGCUUCCAGGGCACAAACUGCGAGGAGUGUGCUCCGGGCUACUAUGGAGAUGAGUGCAAGCGCUGCGAGUGCGACGAAAGGGGAAGCCUUUCCACCGGGGGAUCCUGCUCGGGAAAAUGCCAGUGCAAGCUCAAUGUGGAGGGCAGCACCUGCUCCGAGUGUGCGCCGGGCUACUUUGACCUGAACGGAGACAACAGCGAGGGCUGCACCAGCUGCUGGUGCUCGGGGGUCUCCCAGACAUGCCACAGUGCCAAGCUGCAGACCCUGGCCUUCGAAACCCUCAACGACUGGAAGUUGACCGACAUACAGAGAAUGAAACCCAUUUCAAUACCCGUCGAUGCCGAGGAAAACCGGCUGAUCUUUGCCAACGAGCUGGACGAAGUGGAGGCCAUCUACUGGCAGGCUCCGUUGGGUUACCUGGGCAAUCGCCUGACCAGCUACGGAGCGAGGCUGCAAUUACUCCUGUCCUGGGUGGUGAUGCGGGGCGACACCUCGGGAAAGCCCACCACGGGACCCAAUGUCAUCCUGUUUGGCAAAAACGGACUGAAGAUAGCCUUUGGCGAUGAAUCCCUUCAGGGAUUGGUAGUAAGCUUGAACGUAACCCUCACAGAGGAGGGCUGGUAUCAUGUGCCACCCACGGUCAAGGACAUAAAAACCAGACUUCGGCGAACCGAGGGCGGUGACUACCACGGAGAGUCUGUGACCCGAUCCCAGUUCCUCUCCGUUCUCGUGUCGCUCGAUGCCAUCCUCAUCCGAGCUGCGUUCCACACGGAUCAGGUUGAGACCUACCUGGAGCGAGCGGUCAUCUACUCGGGAGGCGUGAAGUUGGGCGGGCAAUCCUCCAGCCAGGUGGAGCAGUGCCUCUGCCCCGCCGGCUACACGGGCCUCUCCUGCGAGGGCUGCGCCUUCGGCUACAAGCGCAUCUACGAGAACACCUCGGACCACCAGAUCCUGAGCAAGUGCAUCCCGUGCCCCUGCAACGGACACUCGAACUCCUGCGAUCUGCAGAGCGGCAAUUGCGGCGACUGCAUGCACAACACCUUUGGAGAUCGUUGCGAGCGUUGCCAGUUGGGCUUCUACGGGAAUCCCCUGCAGGGAACCCCCAACGACUGCAAGCGCUGCGCCUGCCCCCUGUUCGAGGAGUCCAACAACUUCUCGCCCAGCUGCCAGCUGAAGAGCUACAACUACAUGGACCUGAACCCGCAGUUCGAGUUGAUCGAGCAUGCGGAAUAUAUUUGCACCCAGUGCCCGGAGGGCUACACGGGCGAUCACUGCCAGGUGUGCGACGACGGGUACUUCGGCAAUCCCCGCCAGCUGGGGAGCAGCUGCCAGCGCUGCGACUGCGCCGGCGGACCCUGCAAUGUGACCACCGGCGAGUGCAUCACCUGCCGCGGCAACACCGAGGGCUGGCACUGCGAGCGCUGCAAGCUGGGCUACUGGGGAGAUCCGGCCAUGGGCUGUGACCCCUGCCACUGCUAUCCGGAUGGGUCGGAGAGCGGCCUCUGCGACAGCACAGAUGGCCAGUGCCUGUGCAAGCCCCGCUACGGCGGUCAGAAGUGCGACGAGUGCGAUGUGGGCUACGCCAAUGUGGAGCUGCGCUGCCCGGCCUGCAACUGCGAUCCUCUGGGCUCCCUGAUCCCCGACAGAUGCGACCCCCGCACGGGACAGUGCCAGUGCAAGGAGGGCGUGAUGGGCGCCAAGUGCCACGAGUGCCAGGAUGGUUACUUCGGCAUGAAUGCCGCCGCCCAGCGAAUGGAUGACCUGGCCGCCCUGCGUGAAAGCUCCGAUGGCGAUGACGAUGAUGAUGACUGGGAAUUGGUUCCCGACCCCGAAGAUCCCAACAACGACUCCGCGGUGGCCUGCGAGGAAUGCCACUGCAGCAGUGUGGGAUCGCUGUCUUCGGAUUGUGACAAGCGCACUGGACAAUGCGCCUGCCUGGAAAAUGUGACCGGACGGAGGUGCGACAAGUGCCGGGCGGGUCAUUGGAAUCUCACCGCGGGUGAGGGCUGCCGGGAUUGUCGCUGCGAUCCGCACGGAUCCCGCGGACACGAGUGCAACCCAUGGACGGGUCAGUGCGACUGCAAGAUCGGGGUCGGAGGUCAGCACUGCAACGAGUGCACGGAGGGCUUCUUUGGCUUCAGCACCGAGGGUUGCCAGCGAUGCGCGCCCUGUAGGUCAGAAGGUCAGGUGUGCGAUCCGCACAAUGGCCGCUGCAUCUGCCCCAAGUUCACGCGAGGCUUGGGGUGUGGACAGUGUGUGCCGGGCACCUGGGGCUGGCAGGCUCGUCGGGGAUGCCGGGAAUGCGAGUGCGAUCACAUCGGCUCCAUUGGUCAGCAGUGUGCCACCAGCGAUGGCCAGUGCCAGUGCCGUGAGGGAUAUACGGGCAGGAACUGCGACACCUGCUCCGUGGGCUACUUUGGCUAUCCGGAGUGCCGGCGAUGCGGCUGCGAUCCGGAGGGUUCCUUCACCCAAUCAGAUGGAUCCAUUGCCUGCGACUCGAACGGUCAGUGUCCGUGCAAAUCUCUGGUGGUGGGUCUCAAGUGCGACACCUGCAUGCAAAGCACCUUCGGGCUCUCCGCCCUCAAUCCGGAGGGCUGCACCCGCUGCUUCUGCUUCGGAAGAUCCGGCGAGUGCGAGCAGAGCGAUCUGUCCUGGGGUCACAUCCGCAUGGCGGAGUCCAGGAAUCUCAGCAUCCAGCAGGUGCGAACGCAGCACGUACCCAGCUCGGAUUACGAGUACAUAGUGGUGGUGCAGAUGGAGGGCAGUGGUUUCCACCGGGAGGAUGCCGAGAUCCAGCGCAUGAAUGAUCUGAGCCUAGUGCCCAAGUCCACUGGAAACGUCUCCAUCGGAGCAUAUGGACAAUUUUAUCACCCUCUCUACUUCCAACUACCACCUCAGUUCUACGGUGAUCGGACCAGCAGCUACGGUGGCUUCCUGUACUUCACCCUGAUCACCGAGGGUGCCCACAAGCCCUUGGAGCGAAAUGUGCUGGGUCAGUACCCACUGGUUCAAUUGCACGCGCACUCUAAGUUACUACUGGACUUUUACGAGUACGAGGAGUUCGAGUACUCCCUGAAUGUGACCCAUCGCGUGCCACUGCAUGAGUCCUUCUGGAAGUUCCACCACACCAGCCAGGCCGUGGAUCGGAACACUCUGAUGGCUGCCCUCCAGAACAUUCGGCACAUCUUCAUCCGGGCUUUUGCCUUUGCCGAUUUCCAAGAAGUUGUCCUUCAGAAUGUUCACAUGGAUGCGGGAAUCUAUAUCAAGGGUUCCACCAACCUGAUAGCCAAGGGAGUGGAGCGUUGUAAAUGUCCCAAGCGCUUUUCUGGACUGUCUUGCCAGGAUCCAGGAAGAUCCUUCUACAGAUGGCGCAACACAACUGCUGUGGAGAGCGUAUUCAUUGAGGAUCUGAUAGGAAGAUCAGCUCCCUGUCAUUGCAAUGGCCGCAGCAGCGAUUGUGAUCGAGAAACUGGAGUGUGUCAGAACUGUCGGGGAAACACUGGAGGUGAUCACUGUCAUCAGUGUGCCGAGGGCUUCUACGGCGACCCCAACUCGCCGCACGGCUGUCAGGCUUGUCCGUGUCCGGAGACCAAUAGGAACUUUGCCCGGGGCUGCAAUGUCUGGAACGGAGAAGUCAGUUGUGUCUGCAAGCCGGGCUACACUGGACGACUGUGUGAGCGGUGCCAAGCGGGAUACUUUGGAGAUCCCAUGAGGUAUCCAAACACUACUUGCCAGCCAUGCAACUGCCAUCCGGAUGGCAUCCGAAGCGAGGGCUGCGAUGUGGAGACGGGAAGAUGCUACUGUCGGGAGGGUGUCACAGGACUGAAGUGCGACAAGUGUCAGGCGGAACGUUACCAUCUGGUGGAUAAUGGAUGCAGGAUUUGCGACAAUUGCACCCUUCUGCUCUUGGACUAUGUGGAGCUGGUGGGUCACAAGCUGCGUCGCGGAAUGCACAACAUGGAUCUGACCGGAAUUCCGGCACCUUAUCGAAAACUAUCCAAAUACGAAAACGCCUACGACGAGUGGAAGGAACGCCACCGGGACUUUAGCCAGGCCAAGCGCCGUCUGCAGGAUUACGAUUCCGCUGACAUCCUCAAGCUAGAGGCACACGCCGAAAAUCUAAAGUUCCAGUCCCGCAAAGCAGUGGGUACCAUUGGAAAGAGGGAGUUUGCCAUCAAAUCGAUGCACGAGGAUGCUGCGGCCCAACAGCACAGUGUUGGCUUAAUCCAUGGGGAGAUCCUUCAAACGCUUUCGGAUUUAAGGGGCUACGGGAAGAGUUCCCAUCACCUGAGCCUGCCAACGGCUCUGAAGCAGGCCCGUUUCUAUCUCCAGGCCAUCAGGGAUCACGAUCAAAUGGUCCAGGGAAUCCGCAGCACGAACGAUUGCGCCUGGCGGCACUUUUACGCCAUGGGUAAUGCCUCGGAUUCAGCCUUCGAUGAGAGUGCCCGCCUGGAGAUGCUCUGGAGGGACUUAAAUCAGACGAAUCAUCGGGUGGUGGACAUGCGGCUGCAAGUGGAUCGCGUUCAGGAGGUGGAGAGUGAAGCGGAGGAUGUGCUGGAGCAUGUACGCAACUUGAGUGUCUAUGUGGGUGAAUCUCACCAGGAGCUGAAUGACCUUAACCAGCGGAUUAACGAACACCUUGAUCCCGGCUAUGUGGAGCAAGGCGAGGGCUUGUUGAGACUGACUCUCCAGCGGCAAAUCCUGCUCAAUGGCCAUCUCAACCAGCUGGAUGGAUCGCGGCUAGUGUUGAAUACCACACUGGGUGUAAAAUCCGAGCAGCAGCGGGAGGUUCGCAAGCACUGGCUCCCCAAGGCGGAGAAGCAUGCCAAUCACCUGCUGGAGCGAUCCAAUGAGUACGCCCGCCAGUUCCAGCCCACCAGAAAUGGUGCCCGCAUAGCCAUGCUGGCCAGUUCCGCCCACAGUAACAUAACCAAGGCCAUCAAUGAUGCUCGACAGGCUUCGAAUAUGGCAAAGGUGAGGGUAUACGAGGCGCAACGAACCCUCUAUCCCAGCGAUGGCAGCUCCAUGAUCGUUCGAGCCCAGCAUUCGCUGGACAGAUCACGACAACUCCAGCAAGAGGCCCUCAAGCAGAUGCAGAAAUCGAAUGUGCUGAAGGACAAACUGCAUCGGCAGGAGCAGCAGGUGGAGGGCAUCAAGGCUACAAUAUACGAAUCCGGCAGGCGCACGAACAACAUUUCCGGACAACUGCAGGAUCUCUCCGAGGGUUCAGCCCGUCAGCAGACCAAGGAGGCUCUGGAACUGGCCGAACGGACAGGGGAAGAAAUGCGAGCCGAACUGCGACUGGCCAAAGAGAUGCAGCAGUCCAUCCAGAACAUGCGGAAGUCGUUCUCCAACCUGGAGCCCGACUGGGAAAUCAAGCUGGGCAUGGCCCAGGAGAACAUAUCGCUGACCCAGACCAACCUGCGGCUGGCCAACGUGUCCCUGAGCUACCUGGAGCAGCAGGCCGAGAAGGAGCAGCAGGUGUUCGAGGUCUGGAACAACAGCAUGGCCCAGCAGCUGCAGCAGCUCAGGGAUCAGAUUGCCAAGGCCAGGCAUGCGGCAGAAGGGAUCGAUGUCUCCUUGGAGUCCCUGGGUCCGAAGUGCAGUCGUUCCUACCUGCCCGCUUCGUAUGGCUUGAGCACCUCGAACAAGCUCCGCAUGAGCUUUGCAUUGUCCAAUCACCUCGAGAGUUCUCCCCUGAUCCAGUUGGUCAGCAGCGAGGGACGUCACAUCACGCUGGAGCUGUACAAACGUCGAGUGCGCCUGGUGUGGAACCUAGGUGGCACGACGGCCACCGUCACACAUCCCAUGGUGGUGCAGACACGGGAUCCCAAGUACGACGACGCCUGGUACCACGUGGAGGCCAAUAGGACCCUCAAUUUGGGCAGCCUGAUGGUGCGUCGCAUGAACAACUACGGGGAGCUGACCCCGGCCAAUCCGGUGACAAUCACUGGAUCCACGGAUACGGAACACACACGCUUCUAUCAGUCUCGAAACGAUCGGAUAUCGCUGGGCGGUUUUGCAUCCAAGGACUUGCAUUUCACACCAGGGCUCAAUGUGGUGGUGCACAAGGUGGAGGUGGACAACAAGCCGCUGGGUCUGUGGAACUUCGUGACCAGCGAGGGCAGCUGCGGUGGAUCCAUGGUUGGGGCCAAGGAGUCGUCCGCCUCAUCCACUGCUCGCCAUUUCAAUGGUUUGGGCUAUGCCCAGCUGAUGAAGACCCGGCCACGACCCACUCGCAAGAAUCUGUUCUCUGUGCAGAUGACCUUCCGAACGCUGGACGAGAAUGCCCUGCUCUUCCUAGCGGUUGAUGACAAGAACAACCGCUCGGUGUCGGUAACUUUGAGCCGAGGUCGGAUCAUGUUCCGCAUCGACUACGGCGACGAGUCCAAGCUGGAGAUAAACACCACCAAGAAGUACAAUGUGGGUCAGUGGAUCAAGAUUGAGGCUGCGCGGGAGUUCUCUGCCAAGCGUAGUACGGAGAAUGGAAUGCUCCGAGUGAACAACGAUCGCCCAAUUUCCGGAGCACCCACCCUACCCGUGAACAUUCACUUGCUACCGGAUCUGUCCAAGGCAGUCUAUUAUCUGGGCGGUGUUCCGCCAGGUUUCACCUCGGGUACCUCCAAGGCACCUGGAGCAGACAAUCCCUUCCUGGGCUGCAUGAAGGAUGUCCAGGUGAACGGGGAAACCUACGAUCCCCUGGAGAGCUCCAGCAUCUAUGGCGUGGAGUCUUCCUGCAAGGAGAUGAUCACCAAGGCUGGUUUCUCGGGCAACGGCUACUUGGAGCUGCCAUCACAGUCGCUCCGAAAGCGUUCCAAUACCGCUUUGGUGUUCCGAACCCUGCAGCCGGACUGCCUGCUGCUCCUGGCCGCCUAUCCGCCUGAGAUCCUUGCCGACUACGAUGCCAAGGACAUCAAGGGCAACUUCUCCAUCAGCCUGGUGGAUGGCCAACUGCAUGUGUGGGUCAACUCGGGUCGCAGCUUCGUCAAGUUGUCUUCGAAUUUCAGUCAACUGAACGACGGCGAGUUCCAUGUGGUGAAUCUGAUCAAGACGGGUCGCAAGCUGGAACUGAUGGUGGACGAUGAGCUGCAGGAGACUCGCAACCUGAACGGCAAUCCCACGGUGGUCAGCCUUCCGCGGGACGCAGGAGGGCUGUAUAUCGGAGGAGCCCCGCCCCACGAGAGCUAUACUCCCUUGGCGCCGACCUUUGUGAAUCUUGAGGGAGCCAUUCGGGAUGUGGUGUUCAACAACCGAACCAUUAACUUCAACGACGCCCUGACCUUCGCCAAUGUUCAGAUCGGAAGGAAUGGUCCGCUGAUGGGCAGUCUCAAAGGAGGACUGUACGAUGUCCUGCUGAAAACGGAACCCAUGAUUGGAAAGAGUUUCACGGCCUCGCCUGAGGGCUGCAAGCGGAUCGGCAGCUACUCCUACGAGCCGAACGCCUUCAAGUUUGGCGACGACAUCUACAGCUACUCCCAGCUGAAGCUGCCGGAGCGUCACUUCUGGCAGCGCAACUUCCACCUGAGCUUCGACUUCCGCUCCUUCUACCCGAACGGCAUGCUCUACCUGUCCCCGGGCAGCAAGGAGAAGCCCAAGCACUAUGUGGCCCUCAUCCUCAAGGACGGACAGCUGGUCCUGGUGGUGCGAGGCCGUCGGCGCGAGGAGCUCCAGCUUACGGCCAAGCUAAACGAUGGCGAAUGGCACCGGGUGACGAUUAGCUGCCAGGAUCGCAAGGUUACCAUGUCCGUGGAAAUCGGGCGGACCGACCAAAAGACCUCCGCCCAGAUGAAGCUGCCCAAGAAGAUUGGCGCCUCGCAGUUGCUGCUGGUUGGCGGCUUGCCACAGUCGCCGGUCAAGGUCUCAUCGGAGAUGUACGUCCGCCUGGAGCCCUUCAAGGGCUGCCUGCGCCGCGUCAGCAUCAACAACAGCACCCAGGAUCUGGCCCGACCCGGCAAACACUCCAAUGUGGGUCAGUGCUUCCCCACGGUGGAGAGGGGCAGCUAUUUCCCCGGCGACGCCUACGCCAUAUACAAGAAAAACUUUAAUGUGGGCAAGUACCUGGACCUGGAAACGGAAUUCCGAACUUCGGAGCUAUCGGGCAUCCUGCUAAGUGUCUCUGACCCCAAUGGAUUCCCUGCCCUUUCGCUGGAACUGCAUAAUGGCAAUAUUGUGUUCUCCUGCGAUCUUGGAGAUGGACUGCCAAUGCGUGUGGAAUCAUCCCUGCCCACUAAAUAUGCCUUGUGUGACAACAAGUGGCACAAUAUUUCGGCUCUUUACGAUGGCGAACAGAUAGUUCUGAGGAUCGAUCAGUUGCCAGCGGUGAUUAGUGUGGGAAAUCAGAGGAAUGCAGGAAAGGUGCAAACCCGCUCUCCACUCUAUAUAGGCGGGCUGCCAGAUACUGCUCCCAGUGGAUCCCUGAUGUCGCGGGAGAACUUCAAGGGAUGCAUCCGGCACGUGUCCAUCCGGAACGAGCGACGGGACUGGAUCGACAUGGAGGAUCUGAGGAACGUGCUCCUCAGCGAGUGCCUCGUGUCCAGCGAUGAGAGCUGAAGAUCGGUUCCCCAAAUCCGGACCGCUUUCCGGGCGCUUCUGGUUCCUGUUGACGCCACACCAAAACUUUUUCCAAAUGUAUUGUGAUCAAUAACGAGUUUAGAGCCAGUUAUUUAUAACCCUUCACUGCCAUAUAAGUUAGAUUACUCUAGGAUUAAGUUUGCUUACUUGUACAUUUAACUACAAAUUUAAUUGCCAGUGACUGCAUUUUGUACUUUGAAAUCUGAUUCAUAAUUUAUUUCGACUAAUUAUAAAGAUUUUUAUUUUUCCAUUAUUUAUUUUAUGUUUCAACAGAGGCUUUAGGUUGGUAUUUCAUUUGGCAUACAACUUGUUUAAAAUUUGUGUCUAACGAAUCUCCUGUUUGUAUAGUGCGCAACGAAAUUUACUUAAGUAGCUCUAAGUUUCAUUACUUUCAUUUGUAAAUAGAAAUGCCAUUUAGUUUGUAUUUAUCAUAGCACAUACGCAUGUACAUUUAAUAUUCACAUAAUAAUAAAUUAAAUAAAAAUUACUAUUAUUUAACUCAA